AUGUCCCCUCCAGACAACCAGGUUAAUCCUCCCCCUCCACCCCCACCACCAUCAGACCCUCGCGCCAAAAUAUCUCCAUUCGUACGGAACCUCCGAACCGUCCCGCCCCGUUCCCUCGCUGUCUCCCAACCACCUCCUCCACCCACAACAGCAGCCCCAACAGGCCCAUACUUUCUCUACGGCACGUUGAUGGACCCAUCCAUGCUAAGAGAUAUCCUAGCCUUGGACUCAAGUGAACAUAUCAAUCUCCGACCUGCAUAUAUAACAGGCCACGCUUGUAAAUUGUGGGGACAGUAUCCGGCUCUGGUACCGGAUAUCACUUCUACCUCGGUGGUCAAUGGUGUCGUGUAUCAUGUGCCUUCUGUGGAGGAUGGAGUGAAGUUGGCAAAUUAUGAGACGGGGUGGUAUCGCGCUGAGUCUUGUGAGGUCGUGUAUACGGAUGGGGAGGAGCCUGGGAGGGUGGGUGGACAUGUAUUUGUGUUUGUGGGAGAUGAGGGGGAAUUGAGUGAGGGUGUGUUUGAUCUCAGAGUCUGGCUAGCGAGGAUGGGGAGGAAGGCGGGUAAGUGA